AUGGAGAAGUACCACGUGUUGGAGAUGAUUGGAGAAGGCUCUUUUGGGAGGGUGUACAAGGGUCGAAGAAAAUACAGUGCUCAGGUUGUGGCCUUGAAGUUCAUUCCAAAAUUGGGACGUUCAGAGAAGGAACUGAGGAACCUGCAACGAGAGAUUGAAAUCAUGCGAGGUCUGCGACAUCCCAACAUUGUGCAUAUGCUCGACAGCUUUGAGACUGACAAAGAGGUAGUGGUGGUAACAGACUAUGCUGAGGGAGAGCUCUUUCAGAUCCUGGAAGAUGAUGGGAAACUUCCAGAAGACCAGGUCCAGGCCAUUGCUGCCCAGUUGGUGUCGGCCUUGUACUAUCUGCACUCCCACCGAAUCCUGCACCGAGACAUGAAACCUCAGAACAUUCUCCUUGCCAAAGGUGGUGGCAUCAAGCUCUGUGACUUUGGAUUUGCCCGAGCUAUGAGCACCAACACAAUGGUGUUGACAUCCAUCAAAGGCACACCACUUUACAUGUCUCCAGAGCUGGUGGAGGAGCGACCAUAUGACCACACGGCGGACCUCUGGUCUGUGGGCUGCAUACUGUAUGAACUGGCUGUAGGCACCCCUCCCUUCUAUACCACGAGCAUCUUUGAGCUGGUCAGCCUCAUUCUUAAGGACCCUGUGCGCUGGCCCUCCACCAUUAGCCCUUGCUUCAAGAAUUUCCUUCAGGGACUGCUCACCAAGGACCCCCGGCAGCGUCUGUCUUGGCCAGACCUCUUGUAUCACCCCUUCAUUGCUGGCCGUGUCACCAUAAUAACUGAGCCAGUGGCUGUAGAUUUGGGCACCCCAUUCACCAGUCGCCUACCCCCAGAACUUCAGGUCCUAAAGGAUGAACAGGCACAUCGGCUGGCCCCCAAGGGUCAUGAAUCUAGCAUCUUGCGUCAGGCACGUAAACGCAUGGCUGAGGAGGCCAAGCAGAAGAAACACCAGAGCACAGAACCUGCCCUUGAGCAAGAGGACAAGGCCAGUAAGGUGGCUUCUGGCACAGCCUCUCUGCCCAGGCUAAAGGCCACCCCUCAGGAACCAGGCCUCUUGGCUGGGAUCUUGGCCUCAGAAAUGAAGAGCAGCUGGGCUGAAUGGGGGGCUGGAGAGGCCCUCUCGACACCUCGGGAACACCGGCCCACUGUGGAUUGUGAACGAGCAUUCCCAGAAGUGCAGCUGGAGGUGAUGGGCCAGAGGAGCAUUGAUGUUGUAGACCUGGAAAGUGAGGAGCCAGAUAGCGAUGAGGAAUGGCAACACCUGCUAGAGACCACCAAGCCUGUGCCCAUUCAGCUGAAGGCCCCUCUCACCCUGCUGUGUAAUCCUGAUUUCUGCCAGCGUAUCCAGAGCCAGCUGCAAGAGGCUGGAGGGCAGAUUCUGAAAGGCAUCCUGGAAGGUGCCUCCCACCUCCUCCCUGCGCUCCAGGUCCUGAGCAGUCUUCUGUCUGGCUGCAGUGACUCUGUUGCCUUAUAUUCCUUCUGCCAUGAGGCAGGACUGCCUGGGCUGCUGCUCAGCCUACUGAAGCACAGCCAAGACAGCACCACCAUCCAGCAGCAAUCAUGGUAUGGAACCUUCCUGAGGGAACUGAUGGCUGGGAUUCAGGCCUACUUUGCCUGCACCUUCAACCUGGAGAGGAGCCAGAUAAGCGACAGCUUGCCGGUGUUUCAGGAGGCUGCCAACCUCUUUCUGGACUUCUUGGGGAAACUGCUGGCCCAACCAGAUGACUCUGAGCAGACUUUGCGGAGGGACAGCCUUAUGUGCUUUACUGUUCUGUGUGAAGCCAUGGAUGGGAACAGCCGGGCCAUCUCCAAAACCUUUUACUCCAGCCUGCUGACUACACAGCAGGCCGUGUUGGAUGGGCUUCUUCAUGGCUUGACGAUUCCACAGCUCCCUUUCCACACACCCCCAGGAGCCCCACAAGUGAGCCAGCCACUGCGGGAGCAGAAUGAGGAUCUGCCUGGAGCCAUUUCCUCUGCGCUGGCAGCCAUGUGCACUGCUCCUGUGGGGCUGCCUGACUGCUGGGAAGCCAAGGAGCAGGUCUCUCGGUAUUUGGCAAAUCAACUGACCCAAGACAGCAGCCAACUGAGGCCAUCUCUCAUCUCUGGCCUGCAGCAUCCCAUCCUAUGCCUUCACUUUCUCAAGGUUCUCUACUCCUGCUGCCAUGUUAGUGAACACUUGUGCCGUCUUCUGGGGCAAGAGCCCCUGGCUUUGGAGUCAAUGCUGAUGUUGGUCCAGGGCAAGGUAAAAGUAGUGGACUGGGAAGAGUCUACUGAAGUGACACUCUACCUCCUCUCCCUUCUUGUCCUUCGACUCCAAGAUCUGCCUUCUGGAGUGGAGAAACUUGGCAGUGAGACGGCUACUCUCUUUACCCACUCACAUGUCGUCUCUCUUGUGAGCGCAGCAGCCUGUCUAUUGGAACAGCUUUGUCAGCAAGGGGUGACCCUUGACCUCCAGCCUGUGGAAUGGAUUGCUGCAGCCACACAUGCCCUGUCUGCUCCUGCAGAGGUCCGGCUGAUUCCACCAGGUGGCUACGGAUUCUAUGACGGCCUCCUCAUCCUUUUGCUGCAGCUCCUCACCCAGGUACAGGAAAAGACUAGCCUAAUAAGGGACAUGGCUAGUUCAGAAAUGUGGACUGUUUUGUGGCACCGCUUCUCCAUGGCCCUGAGGCUACCCAAGGGGGUAUCUGUGCAAGAAGAAGAGCUGUCACUGUCCAGUCUACAAAGCCCAGAGCCAGACUGGACACUGAUCUCACCUCAAGGCAUGGCAGCCCUGCUGAGCCUGGCCGUGGCCACCUUCACUCAGGAGCCCCAGUUAUGCCUGAGCCACCUGUCCCAGCAUGGAAGUAUCCUCAUGUCCACCUUGAAGCACCUGCUUUCCCCCAGCUUCCUGCAUCAGCUAGGCCAGACUCCUCUGGGGUCUGAGUUUCUCCCCACCGUGGUGCUGUCUGUCUGCCAGCUCCUCUGUUUCCCCUUCGCUUUGGAUGUGGAUGCUGAUCUCCUUGUAGGUAUCUUGGCCGACCUCAGGGACUCGCAGGUUGCAGCCCAUCUGCUACAGGUUUGCUGCCACCAUCUUCUGUUGCCACAAGUCGAGUUGCCCAUGAGCCUCCUCACACGCCUGGCCCUCACGGAUCUCACUUCUCUCAGCCAGUUUGUGAAUACAGUGGCUGCCUCUCCUGGCCCCAUCAUCUCAUUCUUCUCAGUUGCCCUCCUGGGUGACCAGCCUCAGCUGACCUCUGACCUUCUCUCCCUGCUGGCCCACACAGCCCGGGUACUGUCUCCCAACCACUUGGCUUUUAUCCAACAACUCCUGGCUGGCUCUGAUGAAUCCUAUCGGCCCUUGCGCAGCCUCCUGGGCCACCCAGAGAAUUCUGUGCGGGCUCGAACUUACGGGCUCUUGGGUCACUUGCUCCAACACAGCAUGGCCCUGCGUGGGGCACUGCAGAGCCAGACUGGACUGCUCAGCCUUCUGUUGCUGGGGCUUGGAGACAAGGACCCUGCUGUGCGGCGCAGUGCCAUCUUUGCCGUGGGCAACGCAGCCUACCAGGCUGGUCCCCUGGGAUCUGCCCUGGCAGCUGCGGUGCCCAGUAUGACUCAGCUGCUUGGAGAUCCUCACGCUGGUAUCCGGCGCAAUGCUGCAUCAGCUCUGGGCAACUUGGGGCCUGAAGGACUAGGGGAGGAGCUGUUACAGUGCCAAGUACCACAGCGGCUCCUAGAGAUGGUAUGUGGAGACCCUCAGCCAAAUGUGAAGGAGGCUGCCCUCAUUGCCCUUCGGAGCCUCCAGCAGGAGCCCUGCAUCCAUCAGGUGCUGGUGUCCUUAGGUGCCAGUGAAAAAUUAGCCCUGCUAUCUCUGGGGAAUCAGUUACUGCCACACAGUGGUAGCAGUCCCAGGCCUGCCUCUGCCAAACACUGCAGGAAACUCAUUCACCUCCUAAGGCCAACCCACAGCACGUAA